GAGUUUGGAAAGGUGGGGUGGAAAGUGGGUAGUAUUCAGUUUAGUUUUUUUGGUGAUUCUGGUGUUUGUCAAUUAUGGAGAAGUGUUUUUCAUACCAAAGUGAUUUUAUAUUUCUAACAAGUGCACUGUUUUUCAGAACAGCUUUAUGAAAAAUACUGCACUGAACAAUAACAUCAAUAUUUCUCUUCUGCACAAUUAAUGACCAAAUGUUAUAGUCUCAGACAGUGCUGUUUAUUUGACAACAGUUAUGACAAUAGAACAAAAAUCCUAUACAGAAAUAGGGAAGCCAGCCCAUGAUUAUGACAGUCUUUUUGGAGAAAAAUCCAGUGGAGCAGCUCAUCAGAUCUUUGACUUCAAUGGACUUGUGAUAAUUUACACCAGUUUAAAAUCUGUACUGUCGAUUUUUAUUUUAAGGUUUUUUAGUCUGGGGUUUUCAAAUGCACCUGGGAAGUGCCUAUGUUUAUUCCUUUUCUAUUUUUAAAGCUUCCUAAAAUGUCAGCCCCCAGUACACAUCUUUACUUGUAAUGCCUUAAAAGCAGUUUUACUACAAUUUCAGUUUUAGGGAUAGCUGCAGAAGAAAAAGGAUAUACAUGUAUUUGUUUCACAAAUAACAUUAAGUAUAGGACAGCAGAUUGCAAUAUUUUAUCAGAAUGCAAAGCUGUUUCUGAAAAGUUAAAAAAUCGUUCAACUGGCAGCCACAAGAGGUGGCUAUUUUCCUACUUUUGUCUCAACAAGAGUGGGUGAUGACAAACUGAAAAGAAACUGAAAAUAAAAGGACAAUUCUGCCUUCUGUACGGUUAAAGAAAGACGAGACGGAUAAGCAAUCAAGAAAUUCUCCGCUAGACAGAAGAUAUGCAUUUUUGUUUGUUUGUUUGUUUUUGAUUGUUAGAAUAAAAUGCUGAAGUAGCUAAAAUACAAAAUCCAAUAAACAAUUACAACAUUUCAGUGGCAAUGCUAUUGCUAUUACACAUUUUGAACUUUGUUGGAAUUAAUUAUGCCCUCAGUGGAGAAAGAAGCAUUGAAAACACAUCUUUUCCUAUAGCAACAAAUGGACAGCCAUUUCCAUGGAAUAAAUUAAGGCUCCCUGGUUGGAUCCUCCCAGUCCAUUAUGACCUUGUAAUUCACCCGAAUCUGACUUCAUUAAUAUUCAUGGGAUCUGUGAAGAUUGAAGUCACUGUGGUACAUGAAACUAGCACCAUAGUCUUACAUAGCAAAUAUCUGGAAAUCACCAGUGCAGCUAUUGAGGAGGAAAAUGGAAAGACCCAAGCAGAUUUAAAACAAAUGAAAGUUUUGGAAUACCCGCCCCAUGAGCAAAUUGCCUUUCUAUAUGCUGAACCAUUGCUGGAGGAUAAGAAGUAUUUCCUUUCUAUAAACUAUAUUGCCAAUCUUUCAGACGGUUUCUAUGGCUUUUAUAAAAGUACUUACAAAACUAAGGAUGGUCAAACAAGAUUGUUGGCUUCUACUCAUUUUGAACCUACUUCAGCCCGGAUGGCAUUCCCAUGUUUUGACGAACCAUCCUUUAAGGCAAAUUAUACAAUAAAGAUUCGGAGGGAUGGGCAACAUAGUGCACUAUCUAAUAUGCCAAAGGUAAAGACUCUAAAGCUAGACAACAACCUGUUUGAAGAUCACUUUGCAGAGAGCGUAAAAAUGAGCACCUACUUGGUAGCAUUUAUAGUUAGCGAUUUCCAGUCAGUCAGUGGUACAACUUCAUCUGGAAUUAAGGUGUCAGUAUAUGUCACUCCAGAGAAACUGAAUCAAGCUCGUUAUGCACUGGAAGCUGCCAUAAAGAUAUUGGAAUUCUAUGAGCAAUAUUUUGGUAUCUAUUACCCUCUCCCAAAACAAGAUCUUGUUGCUGUCCCUGACUUUCAGUCAGGAGCCAUGGAGAACUGGGGCCUGACCACAUACAGAGAGACUUCUCUGCUUUAUGAUCCUGAGACUUCUUCAGCUUCUGACAAACUUUGGGUUACCAUGGUGAUAGGACAUGAACUUGCUCAUCAGUGGUUCGGUAAUCUUGUUACUAUGGAAUGGUGGAAUGAUAUCUGGCUGAAUGAAGGGUUUGCUCGAUACAUGGAAUUUAUAUCUGUUGAUGCCACAUACCCAGAGUUGCAAGUGAAUGAUUAUUUGUUAGGUACCUGCUUUGCAGCAAUGGGAAGAGACUCUAUGAACUCAUCCCGCCCCAUAUCUUCAAAAGCAGAAAACCCAACACAGAUCAAGGAAAUGUUUGAUACUGUGUCGUAUGAAAAGGGGGCUUGCAUUCUGCACAUGCUGCGGAACUUUCUGACUGAAGAGGUGUUCCAGAAUGGAAUAAUUCAUUACUUAAAGAAACACAGUUAUAGUAAUGCAAAGAAUAAUGAUCUCUGGACCAGCUUGGCUAAUACAUGUUCAGAAGAGGACUUUACUUCUGGUAAAUUUUGUUACAGCAAAAGUCAGGUGGCUAAGAAUGCACAUAGCUAUUAUGUUGAUGAACACUUUGAUAUCGCGGAGAUAAUGAACACAUGGACACUCCAGAAAGGAAUUCCAUUGAUUACUGUCGAACAAAAUCAGAAGAGAAUUAAAAUAAAACAAGAACGCUUCUUGAAAGGCAUUUUCCCACAUGAUCCUCAAUGGGCCUCAAUGCAGAUUGGCUUCCUCUGGCAUGUUCCCUUGACAUACAUCACAAGCCACUCCAAAAGUAUUGGAAGACAUUUACUGAAGAACCACUCAGAUACCAUAGAACUGGAGGAAGACGUCAACUGGGUAAAAUUCAAUGUAGACAUGAAUGGCUAUUACAUUGUGCACUACGAAGGGAAUGGAUGGGACACAAUCAUUAAACUGUUGAAUCAGAACCACACCCUUUUCAGCUACAAGGACCGAGCCAGCCUGAUCCACAAUGCAUUUCAGCUAGUCAGUGCAGGAAAGCUGUCACUGGAUAGAGCUCUUGAUCUGACGCAAUAUCUCCAACAUGAAUCCAGUAACAUAGUACUUCUGCAAGGCCUGGGUUACCUGGCAGGGAUCUAUCGCAUGAUGGAGAGAAGAAAUAUUUCCGAUGUCACAGAAAGCCUCAAGAGGUACAUCCUGCAAUAUUUUAAGCUGGUGAUUGACAGGCAGACCUGGAGUGAUGAGGGCUCCAUCUCUGAUAGAAUGCUACGUUCUGCUCUCCUCGAGCUUGUGUGUGACCUGCAAUAUCCUCCCUGUGUCCAGAAGGCAAAUGAGCUUUUCAGCAAGUGGAUGGAAUCGGGUGGAAAUUUAACUAACAUUCCUUCUGAUGUCCUGGAGACUGUGUAUUCUGUUGGAUCUAAAACCACUGAUGGCUGGAAUUUUCUUUUGGAGAGAUAUAAAGUGUCCAUGUCUGGUGCUGAACAGGGAAAGAUCUGUUCAGCUUUGGCAAGCUGCAAAGAUGAUGCAAAACUAACAAGGUUGCUGGAGCUUGCAAUGGAGGGACAUAUUAUCAAGACUCAAGACCUGUCAUCAGUUAUUUAUAGUGUCAGCACAAAUCCAGCUGGACAACAUCUUGCAUGGAAGUUUGUAAAGAAAAAUUGGAGCAAACUGCUAGAAAAAUUUCCUCUGGGGUCCUUCUCAAUCAGAACGAUUAUAAUUGGAUCAACAGCACAGUUUUCUUCAAAACAAGAGCUGGAAGAGGUGAAGUUGUUUUUUGAAUCUGUAAAGGAGGAAGUGUCACAGCUGAGAGCACCCCAGAUUGCCGUGGAGAAUAUUGAGAAGAAUAUAAAAUGGCUGGAGAGAAAUUUAGUAACAUUAACAAAAUGGAUAUUAGAAAAUCUUAAGUAAAGCUGCUUGAGAUCAGAUGAAAGAGUAUGGUAUUACUCCGUGCUUUAAAAUAACACAUUUAAAAUCAAACUAGAUUUUUUUUCUUAUGAACAGGUGCAUAAUUGCUACAGUACUUUGCUGAAUAUCAGUCUUCUUGAAUUAUGCAGUUCAUUUAAUGAAACCUUCCUGACAUCUGAUCAUUUAUUUUUAUGAAAUUUGGACUGCCAUGUUUACAUUGGUUUUGCAUUUGUCUUUAUGGAUAUUUAAGUGUUUAAGCCAAUUGAAGGACUGUAACUAUAGACUUGGAAGAGUGUGUGUGUGUGUAUGUGCAUGUGUGUGCGUUUUUGAUUUCACAGGAACCUUGUAAAAUUAACUUUGAAGUUCCAGGAUGGGAUACAUAUGUAACUUAGGCCUUCUACUAAAUUUCUUAACAGCUGCAUAGAACCCAGCCCUGCCACUGUGUGCCUUACUUAUUGGUCUUGUCAGUGAUUUCCUCUGUUCCCUAAAAAAAAGCAGCUUUCCCCAGGUUUUGCCUUUGGCAGCUUAAGAAACAUAAAACAACUUCUAUCAAAGACAAAAUGCUGUGUAAGGGUUAUGAUAGAUGAAAACAACUUAAUUUCAUUUAAAAAAGAAAUAUGCUUAUUGUGAGGCUAUCUUUUUAGAUCCCUCUAGCAUAGAAAUUGUAUGUCUCUUAUGCAAAUCCAAAAUCAAGGAUUUUUUUUUAAAGAGAUCAAAAUAUUUCACAGGUGUGGGAUAAAUGUUUAGCUAAGAAACUGGAACAAAAUACUACUGUAUGUUUAGAUAAUAUUGGAGACUGUGACACGAAAUAAAUUGUAACAAAAAAUCCAACACAUUAAGCUUGACAUCUCAGGGAAGCAAAUCUAGGACCCUUUUUGAAGGCUCUUGGUUGGCCCUCUUUCCUUCAAGCAGGGGCAUUGUGAAAGUAGAAUGAAUUAGAUUGUAAAAGUAGAAUGGAUUAAAGAAAUGCUGUAUGUUCCUUUAAGCAGGAAUGAGGAAUGCUGAAAUAAAGUUGUCAGGAAGAGAAACAUUAAGGUGUGGAACAAUGGGUCCACUUAAGCUAAUGGUGGGACCUUAGAAGGAGAUCCCUAAGAGUUAAUAAGGAAAUAAGAUAAGUUUACCUGAGGCUAGACACACAUAUCAGUUCUGUUCCCUUUGUUAUUUUGUUAAGUUCAUACCCUUUUUAUCUGUAUAAAUAAAGUAGCUUAAGCCUUGCAUGGCACUCACACAUUAUCUGGGUGUACUAGCAGAGUGCUUUGCUAAUAAAACAGAGUGGUCUGACAAAUUGCGAGUCCUAAAUCUGACUUUGACAGGCAGCUCUAGCUUUUCUGCCGCCCCAAGCACGGCAGUCAGGCAGCCUUCAGCAGCUUGCCUGUGGGAGGUCCCCGGUCCCGCGGUUUCAGCAGCUUGCCUGUGGGAGGUCCGCCAGUCCUGCACCUUCGGUGUACCCGCUGCUGAAUUGCCACCGAAUCCGUGGGACCGGCAGACCUCCCACAGGCACGCCGUCAAAGGCUGCCUGUCUGCCGCUCUUGCAGGGACUGGCAGGGCGCCCCCCACGACUUGCCGCCCCAGGCAUGUGCUUGGAGCGCUGGUGCCUGGAGCCAUCGCUGCUUCAAGGCCCAAGAUUUAAUGAGUGACUCCAAACCAUGUCAUACUGCUGUGCCAUGCACAGUGGGUAACAGAGAGGGUGGCCCAGAUCCUCAAAGGUAUUUGGGUGCCUAUUUCUCAUUGAAAUCCAUGGGAGUUAGGCUCCUUUUUACUUUGGAGGAUCUGGGCUUAUGUCCUGAACUGGGAUGUGUGUUCAUGGAGGAAAUUAGGAGAAGUAGUAGAUUGUGAGGAUGGGGAAUCUGCAGUUGUCUAUGAUAAAGAGGAUCAUGUCUUGAUUCUCCAUGGGGCUUAAGUUAACACUCCAGAACACUCUGUCAGCACGUAUCUUAUACUUCACACUGUGUGGCACUGGAGCAUGAGGAGUACACAGCGCUAUAGCAGCACAACUUUCAACCUGCCCUGGGCGAGCUGGGGAACUCCCAUGAGCUGGGGACUCCUGGGACUCUCAUAUAGCAGCAUUUUCUGAAUGGGUCCUGAUCUCAGGUCUACUAUUUUACUGUUCUUUAUCUUAUGUUAAAACUAAUGGGACUUGUGAGCAGGCCCUGAGAAAAUAUCUCUCGGUUUAAUCCUGCCUUAUUUCAGUGGAAGUUGUGAGCAUUCAGCACUAUGUAGGAUUGGGCCUUCAGGAGUUUUAAUUUGGAGUUGGGCUUUUUUUUCCUCAAACACACAUUGUGGGAUGAGUUAAGGACAAAGGAUUAGCCUUAACUUUGAAUUUCUAGGGCUUGACACUUAAGCAAAAUUCCCAUUGACGACAGCUGCCGUGCUGAUCAUUUCUGUUCUAAAUAUGGGACUGCCACACUGAUCAGUGCAUUGAAAACUGCGUCUCUUAUAUAUCAAUAAAUUAUAACUGAUCUCCUGUACCUGAGAGAGAAGCUUUGGAAGCAUUUCUGUGGCAGUGACUGGUUCCAUAGCUGCCACUACUAGCCACUAUUGCUGUCUGGCAGUAGGAGUGCCUGGAAAACUCUUUCAAAUACCCACUAUUCACAUCAUUUGCAUUCCCUAGAUUGCACCCUUAUAUCCUGGCCAUGUAUUACCUCACAUUACACUCAGCUCAGCCAUAAGAGUUGGCUCACAGUGCUGAGUUGUGUGCAUUUGUCUCUGAGCUAUGCAGAAGGCUUUUGGAAUAGCGACUGAGUAAACACCCUUUGUUGAUCAAUAGCACUUUUGCUUUUCUUUUUUGUUUGUUUUUGUAGAACUCAGCAACCUUUAGGACUGUGCCUUUAGACUGAAAAUCCGUGAGGCAAGGGAGGUGUCUUUCUUUUUGUAAAGAGCCAACUGCAUUGUUGUUCAAUAAAUAAAUAAAUUUCAGUCUGAUGUAUUUAUUUUUUUUGGCUUUGCAGCUGCUGGACUUUGAAAUACU